CUGAGCGCGAGCGUGCGGGGGGAUUCUGAUUGAGAAAAGCCAGCGUCACGGAGCACGCGAGAAACCCAGCAACAGAAGAAAGCAAAAUCAGUGAUCCAAAGGACAAAAACGGGAGAAGGGCGGAAGAUGAAAGUGUAUAAACACGACAGACGGGGCUUGGUGGAAUUACAGUUUCCUGAUUUAAAAGAAUAAAAUCUCAGACGGAUAGUUCGAUGUUGUCCACGCAGAGAAGUGAUCUAACGGACUCAGUCGAGGGCAGGCUUUGGGACGCGCUCAGUUGAAUCAUGCAGAGGCUGUGUCUCCUAAGUUUGGCGUUCAGUUUUCACAAAGUGUGGACAGCGAGGUUCUCGCAGGAGCCGGCAGACCAGUCUGUGGUGCUGGGGGAGAGAGUUGUGCUCUCCUGUGUGGUGUUUAACUAUUCGGGCAUUGUGCAGUGGACCAAGGAUGGGCUGGCCCUGGGCAUCGGAGAGGAUCUGCGAGCGUGGCCCAGGUACCGUGUGUUACGCAGGGUGGAGUUGGGCCAGUAUAACCUGGAGAUUUCGUCGGCGGAGCUUUCAGAUGAUUCUCUGUACGAGUGCCAGGCUACAGAGGCAGCACUGCGAUCUCGAAGAGCCAAACUCACCGUCCUCAUUCCUCCAGAUGAGCCGGUGAUAGACGGGGGCCCGCAGAUCCUGCUGAUGGCCGGAGUGCCGUAUAACCUGAGCUGCGUGUCCCGCGGAGCCAAACCCCCCGCCCGCAUCGAGUGGCUGAGAGACGGCCUGCCUCUGGAGGGGGGGUUCAGCAUCACUGAGGUGCUGGCGGACAGGAAGAGGGUGACCACUCGCAGCUUCCUUCCUGUCCUCCCUGUGGACACAGAUACAGGCCGCAACAUCACCUGUGUGACCAGCAACCAGGCUGUACUUGCGGGCAAGCGCACAACCGUGUCGCUCAACGUGCACCACUCCCCCACUGUCACCCUGUCCAUCGAGCCUCGCUCUGUUCUGGAGGGAGAGAGGGUCACCUUCACCUGCCAGGCCAGCGCCAACCCCCCCAUCAUGGGCUACAGGUGGGCGAAGGGGGGUGUUCUGCUAGAGGGAGCGAGGGAGAGUGUGUUUGUGACGACAGCAGAUCACUCCUUCUUCACGGAGCCCGUCUCCUGCCAGGUCUUCAACGCGGUGGGCAGCACCAACGUCAGCAUCCUGGUGGAUGUGCACUUUGGUCCGGUCCUGGUGGUGGAGCCCCGGCCGGUCACAGUGGACAUUGACUCUGACGUCACCCUCAACUGCAAGUGGGCUGGAAACCCCCCUCUCACCCUCACCUGGACCAAGAAGGGCUCCAACAUGGUGCUCAGUAAUAAUAACCAGCUGUACCUGAAGUCUGUGAGCCAGGCGGAUGCUGGUCAGUACGUGUGCAAGGCCAUCGUCCCUCGCAUUGGCGUGGGGGAGACCGAGGUCACGCUCACCGUCAACGGCCCUCCCAUCAUCUCCAGUGAGCCAGUCCAGUAUGCAGUGAGAGGGGAGAGAGGGGAGAUCAAGUGUUACAUCGCCAGCACCCCUCCCCCAGACAAGAUAGUGUGGGCGUGGAAGGAGAACGUGUGGGAGAAGGAGAAGGGCACCCUGCUGGAGAGGUACACUGUGGAGCAGAGUAAAGCUCACUCGCAGGGCGGGGCUGUGCUCUCCACUCUCACCAUCAACAACGUCAUGGAAUCCGACUUCCACUCUCCCUACAACUGCACAGCCUGGAACGCCUUCGGCCCCGGGACCAUGAUCAUCACCCUGGAGGAGACCGAGAUUAUGCCCGUAGGGAUUAUUGCAGGCAGUACUGUCGGCUCCUCUGUGCUGCUGCUGCUGUGUCUGCUGGCUCUCGCCUUCUUCCUUUACCGUCAGCGCAAAGGCAGUCGCCGUGGCGUCACGCUGGGGAAGCCAGACAUUAAGGUAGAAACCGUCAACAAAGAGACUCACAGCCUGGAGGAGGACUCGUCCAGCAUCUCCACGGCAACGCGCAUGGUCAAGGCCAUGUAUUCUCCUUUCAAGGACGACAUGGAGCUCAAGCAGGACCUGCGCAGCGACACACUGGACACUCGAGAGGAGUACGAGCUCAAGGACCCCACCAACGGCUACUACAAUGUGCGGGCGUCAGCCCACGAGGACCCCCGGCCGGCCUCGCGAUCGGUGCUGUACCCCGAGUUCCGCCCGGCCAACCCCAGCGGGGUGGCGGCCGGCAGCACGGGCGGGGCAGGAGGGGGUGCAGGCGUGGCCGGGGGAGGGAGGGGGGGCUGCUAUGACCCCCGUCCCCCAUCCAGGCUGUCCCACACCAGCUACGCCCAGUUUAACUCAUUCGCACGGGCAGGGCAGGCCCAGCAGCCCCCGUCUGACCCCAUCUCCCAGAGGGCGGAGUUUCCUGCAGACUGCGGCCUGCUGGACUCCUCAGCACAGCUCACCUAUGACAACUACGGCACCGCCCACUUCUCAUACCGCCUGGGCUUUGCCCCGCCUGGACUCGCACCGCUGGAGGGAGGCCCAGCCUAUGAAAUGUAUGGGAUGGGGGCGGGGGUGGGGCCGGGGGUGGGGCCACCAGCCGCAGCAGGGUCAGAGACAGGACCGGGCAAAUACAGCAGCACCCGCUUCUCCUACACCUCGCAGCACUCCGACUACACCCACAGCGACUACACCCACAGCGACUACACCCACAGCGACUACAGCCAUGCUGACUACAGCCACAGACACACGCAGAGAAUGCAAACCCACGUGUGAGUGACAGGA